AUGGCAGUGGGGUCGCUGCCUCUGACUCUCACGCCUAGCAGCUCCCCGCCGACGUCGAGGACAGAGCUGGAUCCGGUAACAGGCCGACCGCAACUCAAAAUUGGCAUGCACCUGGAGUUGAAGAUGGACAUUACCACACUCGUUGAAUUUCUCUUCAAUGUGGCAAAGGACGUCCAACACAGCAAGCCUUCGGAAAGUGCCAAAGAGACCAAGGAGAAGAGGCUGUCCGAAGCCGAAGAAGAGCCGACGCCCCGGCCGGUGCCGGCGCCAUCUCCCGAGCGGCCCAGGGAGGGCUCGGAGCGGCAGGCGCAGAAGCCAACCCUGCAUGAUUGGGCAGUGCUUUCAGGAACUUCAAACAGAGUUUGCUUGGUUCCCAGGGCUGCCGGGAUUCACAGGAAGGUGGCAAGAUGCAUGCGAGGCCACAGUCUUCAAUAUUCAGCUCCAGGCCUCGGUCUCAUCCUCAUCAUCAUCAUCAUCACCAUUGUUUGGAGUAGCCGGGUGUUUAGCAUCAGUAAAAGGGUUUGCACAAGAAGCUUCACAUCAAUCUCAGGACCCAUUUGGUCCCCUAGACUCUAG